AUGGCUCACGACAACGUCUACAACUCUCAUCCCCGCAGAUUCGGAAAGGGCUCCCGUCAAUGCCGUGUCUGUGCCCACAAGGCUGGUCUUAUCCGCAAGUACAACCUGGACAUCUGCCGUCAGUGCUUCCGUGAGUACGCUUCUGACAUUGGCUUUAUCAAGGUAAUUUCAAAUGGACAUUGA